AUGACGCGCCAGCUUGGUGCUCUCCUAGUCCUGCUCGUCGCCGCGCCGGCCGGCGGCCUCAACAUGCUCGACGGCGUCCGGAAGCUGCUCCUGAAGCGCGACUCGGCCUUCCUCUACCAGGAAAAGGCACUAUUUAUGCCCGGCGCGAACGCCCGGACCGAGGCCGCGGCGAAGACGGCCUGCGCAAGCGGCGAUCGGGCCGCGAUCUUGAAAGCGGUCGACGACCUCGAGGCCGUCUGCGUGGCCGACGACUUCCUCGACACGGACGCGGCGCGCCUCGACGGCCGCUGGCGCCUGCUCGCCACCGUCGCGGGCCGGAAGCCGGGCGACGAUCUUGAGAAUAUGGGUCGCGCGAACGCCGUCAACGCGUCGGGCCUCGUGCUUGACACGUCGGAGAAGCUGCCGAUCCAGGCCUUCGAUGUUGCGCGAUCAAGGGUAGCGAAUGAGAUCGGCUUCGACGCGUUUGGGGGCUGUACGGUGCGCGUCUCCGGCGGGUUUCGGCGGGGCGCGAACGGGCGGCGCGCCGACGUGCUCUUCGACAAUUUGGAGGUCUUCGGGUCGGGCGACAAGCGGCUCUUCUCGGCGGGUUGGGUCUUUUCGCUCAUCAACGCGGUGAAGCCCGACCUGCGCGGCGAGGGCGGCGAGGCGUGGCUCGAGACGACCUACCUGUCGCCGACGAUGCGCUGCGGGCGCGGUAACAAAGGGUCAGUGUUUGUCCUUGAAAAAACUGAUGAGCCGUGCGCGCUCGACCCGGCGGCGUUCUAG